AUGAAGCUGUUUGAGACAAAGAAGAGUGAGAAACCACUGUACACCCACAGUGACUCAGAGGAGCCACCCAAUUUCUCUGCUGCAGGCAUUAGGAAGCCAAAUCCUGACUCUGACAAAGACAACAAAAAGGGGAUUUUGCGACAAUAUCAAUGGCAGCGGCGGGCGCUCAGCGCCGCACGGCCCCGCCUGGUACGGCUUGCCCCAGCCAGUGCUUCAGCCCCUCGCCUUCUCCUCCGCCUCCUCAUACCUUGCCUACUUGCUCUGCCCUUUCACUCUGAAACACCAAAUGUGUUUCAUUUUAAAGUUUUUGUGAGAAAGGUAGCGUUCAAAGGGCGAGCAGCAGUCUUCAGUACCGUGUGCUGGGGUUUGGCAAAUAAGUGUGUCAUCAGUAAUUCAUUUAUUUUAGACGAUCCAGACCUGAAAGAUAUUGACCCUACAGUAUUAAAGCAUUGCCAUGCUGCGGCUGCAACAUGUAUUCUGGAGGCAGGGAAGCAGAAAGCUGACAUAUCUGCUAUAAGCACAUGCCUGGAAGACUGCAAACUGGAUAAAGAGAGAAUAGAACAAUUUUGCACCGAAUAUCAGAAAAACAAGGAUGCAUUGGAAAUCCUAUUGGGAAGCAUAGGCAGAUCUCCUCUGCAUAUAACUGAUGUGUCUUGGCGCUUGGAAUAUCAGAUCAAGAACAAUCAGCUUCAUAAAACUUAUCAGCCUUCCUAUUUGGUGACCUUAAACGUAGAGAACAGUGAUUCAGGAUCACACCCAGAUGUUAGUUUUAGUUGUACGAUGGAGCAAUUACAGGAUUUAGUGGGAAAGCUAAAAGAUGCUGCAAAAAGUCUAGAACGAGCGACUCAGAUGUGAUUGAAGGAAGGUGUCAGCCUGCUGAAGCACUCUCCUUCCUAAGUGUCUCCUAAAUGACAAAUGUCUUUCAUCUCUUGAUGCAAACUGGGGUUUUUUUUAAGUCCUUGGAUGUAAAUUAAGCAAAGCAACUUUUUUACGUCUGCACUGGGUAUUCCUUGCUCAUGUAAUUUUUUUUUUUUAUUAACUCCCGUUAAAUAUCUGUUGAACUGUCACGUCAUCAAAGUGUACCUUCUAUCUUAUUUUGUAUAUUUUUACAACUGUCACUGCUAAUUUUUCUCACUGAUCUAAUAAAAGUUUAUUCGCGCCUGU